UGGUUUGGCGGGAAUGGGGAUGACUCUGGGAGUUUAUACAAAGACUGUUCAUUCAUUUCAUGUAACAAAUGUUUCUGGAUCCCAGACAAUAUUGAGGCCCAGCUUCAGGUCUCAGACAAUAUUGAUUCUGGAUCCCAGACAAUAUUGAAGCCCAGCUUCAGGUCUCAGUUCUGACUCUUCCCUUCCUGGCAGUCACAGGUUCUAGAGGUGAAGGUCACCAGAUUGGGCAACCUCGUGAACCACCUGAUUCCCGAACUUGAGUAAGGUUAAAAAUACUGUCUGCCAGCUGUGCCUGCUGCUGCCAAGGAAAGGAACACACAAGAUUGUGCCCUGUCAGGCCCCAGCGGACAGUGGGGCCCUGGUAGGGAGGGCAAAAGGAAAGGGCUCUGGAGAGCGAGUGGGGACCCUCUGCCCAUCUUGCCAGGGAAGGAGAAGAUAGGCCUGAGGGCCUGCUUGGUGGGACUAGUGAUGGAAGUGGAGGUUUUAGGGGAGAUGGGAAUUGUAUCUGGAGGGCAAAUGCCAGGUGGUGGGAAAUCACUUGCCAGGCUGAAAAUCCUGCUGGCUGCAGUGCAGGGGGGGUGAGGCUGAAGAGGUAGGUGGCAGUUGGCAGUUGGGGUGAAGGGCCUUGAAUGUAGAGCCAAGAAGCAUGGGCUUUAUCCUGGAAGCAGCAGGGAUCCGUGGAUGGGUUUUAAGCUAGGAAGAUGUUUCAGUUUGGAUUUUCUGGAAGGAGACCCUGAGAGGAGGAUUUGUGUCCAAGUGAUUUGUUAAGAAAGUGCUUAUGGAAGGGAGUAGGGGAAGCAAGAAAGGGACAGGCAAGAGGCCAGGCGAGGAGUGAUCUCACACAAAAGUUCAGAGCCAAAGUUCUGCCUCAGAGCUGGAGGCCACAGAGCUAACUAAGUUCCACAGUCAUUGAUAAACUCCUCCAUUUGACAACCGUUGGUUAAUGUCUGUCUUGGGAAGUGUGGGUGGGGAGGUACUUGAACUUCCAGGCCAAAAAAAUCAGUUUUCAGCUUUUUCAGGCAAAACAGCUCUAUUGGCCUGAGGGGCAGUUCGAUAAAGAAGAGCCUCUGGUGCUGGCUUUUGAAAGCACAUCAAAGGGUGCAACCAUAUUUCCAUACCGAAAAAAAGAACUCCAGGACACUUGGCAGAGGAAACGUCAAGCUUGUCUCGGGGCCGCGAAGAUGGCCGCAGCAACCAAUGAGCUCCGGCCACGUCACAGACCCCACCCUCCAGCCUGCCGCGGCCUCCGCCACGCGUCGCUGACCCGGAGCUGAAAGCGCUGCGCGGCGCCGGAGUCUGGCGUCACUUCCACUACAGCGAUGGCGGCACAGGCAGCUGCUGCGGCGGUUGCGGCGGCGACUUCAGGGAUCUCGGGGGAGAGCGAGCCCGGGCCCGGGGAGAAUGCGGCAGUCGAGGGAACUGCCCCGUCGUCCCCGGGCCGCGUCUCUCCGCCGACGCCGGCGCGCGGCGAGCCGGAAGUCACCGUGGAGAUCGGAGAAACGUACCUGUGCCGGCGGCCGGAUAGCACCUGGCAUUCUGCUGAAGUGAUCCAGUCUCGAGUGAAUGAUCAGGAGGGCCGAGAGGAAUUCUAUGUACAUUACGUGGGCUUUAACCGGCGACUGGACGAAUGGGUAGACAAGAACCGGCUGGCACUGACCAAGACAGUCAAGGAUGCUGUGCAGAAGAAUUCAGAGAAGUACCUGAGUGAGCUGGCUGAGCAGCCUGAGCGCAAGAUCACUCGCAACCAGAAGCGCAAGCAUGAUGAGAUCAACCACGUGCAGAAGACCUAUGCAGAGAUGGACCCCACGACAGCAGCCUUGGAGAAGGAGCAUGAGGCGAUCACCAAGGUGAAGUAUGUGGACAAGAUCCAUAUUGGAAACUAUGAAAUCGAUGCUUGGUACUUCUCGCCAUUCCCUGAAGACUAUGGGAAGCAGCCCAAGCUCUGGCUCUGCGAGUACUGCCUCAAGUAUAUGAAAUAUGAGAAGAGCUACCGCUUCCACUUGGGCCAGUGUCAGUGGCGGCAGCCCCCAGGAAAGGAAAUCUAUCGCAAGAGCAACAUCUCUGUGUACGAGGUGGAUGGCAAAGACCACAAGAUUUACUGUCAGAACCUGUGUCUGCUGGCCAAGCUUUUCCUGGACCACAAGACAUUGUACUUCGACGUGGAACCCUUCGUCUUUUACAUCUUGACUGAGGUGGACAGGCAGGGAGCACACAUCGUCGGCUACUUCUCUAAGGAGAAGGAGUCUCCAGAUGGUAACAACGUGGCCUGCAUCCUGACCCUGCCCCCCUACCAGCGCCGUGGCUACGGAAAGUUCCUCAUUGCUUUCAGUUAUGAGCUAUCCAAGCUAGAGAGCACAGUAGGCUCCCCCGAGAAGCCACUGUCUGACUUGGGCAAGCUCAGCUACCGCAGCUACUGGUCUUGGGUCCUGCUGGAGAUCCUGCGAGACUUCCGGGGUACACUGUCCAUCAAGGACCUUAGCCAGAUGACCAGUAUCACCCAGAAUGACAUCAUCAGCACCCUACAGUCCCUCAACAUGGUCAAGUACUGGAAGGGCCAGCAUGUGAUCUGUGUCACACCCAAGCUGGUAGAGGAACACCUCAAAAGUGCCCAAUAUAAGAAACCACCCAUAACAGUGGACUCUGUCUGCCUCAAGUGGGCACCCCCCAAGCACAAGCAAGUCAAACUCUCCAAGAAGUGAGUGGCCCCUGCCUCUGCUGCUGGACCUGUGCCUCCUUGCCCCCUAGCCUGUAAAUAUGUACAGACCUGUUUCAUCAUUUUUUUAAUAAAGUAAGUUCUGCUGGUG